AUGUCUAAUGACGGAGGCAGGACAACAUCCUAUAGCUGCUUCUGCACCGCAAGCUCGGAUGGAUUCAGCAACAUCAUUGCCACUGCUGUUGCGAAGAACUGCGGCCAGCUGAGCGCGGAGGUCGCGAGCGCAACGCAGGUGUUUGAUGCAUAUUGCCAACUUGGCAAAGCUGAUGAAGCCACAGAUGUUAGUGGGCCAACUUCGACGACAGGCGGCAGUAUUCCGACCUCCUCACCAGCCUCUUCUACCGCUGAACCAUCAUCUGGUCUUUCUACUGGAGCUGUGAUCGCCGUCAGCACCUGUGUAUCUCUCGUCACUAUCGCGAUAUUCACCACUGCCUAUUUGUUAUGGCGUCGACGCCGUGCCAACAGGAAACCCCCAAGCGUCGAGGCACAUGCCGAAGUGUUUGUGGAGAACGGAGAACGGAAAGGAGCUCAAGGAAAUGAUGGCACGGUAGAAAAUUUCAAGGCAGAGCUGGAUGCCAGGAAUGAAAUAAAUGAGUUGCCAACUCCGCCGCCGGACCAUGCACGAGCUCCAAUGAGGGCAGUAAUGGUAGUUAUUGAGAACAGGGCAAAGCUCAUAAAUUAUAAUCAAUCUUUUCCUCUUUUCACUCUGGAUAUUGUACAAACCUCGGAGUUGAGAAAGUCCACAGGACACGCCAGCACCGAGGUUCGGCGGAAGCCCGACUGCAACGCUCACGCAAUGAUGCGAGAAAUUGCACCAUCGUCGGGGUCCCUUUUGACACACCAAACUGACAGCCGGACAAGCUCAGAUGAACCAACCACGAAUCUCGGGAGCCGAUGCAAGAUAAGACGUCGGCAAUAA